AUGGGCUCCAUAUCCGACCCGUCAGCCAUCAAAGAUAACGGUGUAAGAGACUCGCUAUUCUCUAGCCUUUGUCCAACUCCUGCCGAUGAACCAUUCGCAGUGAACGGAGCAUACAUCCAAGAUACAUAUCCCGAUAAAGUCAACUUGGGUAUCGGCGUUUACCGUACAUCCGACGGAUCACCAUGGCCAUUGCGAGUGGUCGAGGAAGCCGAAAAACAACUUCAUCAAGCAAGUGAUGUGAGCCGACACGAAUACCUCACUAUUCAAGGAGACAGAGAAUUUCUUCGAUUAGCUUCCAAUCUUGUAUUUGGCUUCGACCUGGAAAAACAAGCACAGGCGGAAGAAAACAAAAGCCGUGUCGUUUCCAUCCAGACAGUCUCAGGCACAGGCGCAAACAGACUCGGCGCGGAGCUUCUAGCUCGAAACUUACGACCAGGAUGCGUGUGGGUUCCUGAUCCCACUUGGGCAAAUCAUCAUACAAUUUGGGAGUUGGCUGGAGUUCAAAGGAAGAGCUAUCCUUACUACGACAGCGCUACCAAGUCGUUUGAUUUCGAAGGAACGUUCCGGACAUUGUCAUCUGCCAACAAAGAUGAUGUUGUCAUUCUUCAUGCCUGCGCUCAUAACCCUACCGGUGCAGAUCCAACGAAGGAACAGUGGAAGAUAUUAGCUGAACUGUGCAAGGCGAAGGGCCUGAUACCUUUCUUCGAUCUCGCCUAUCAAGGCUUUGCAUCCGGAAAUCUAGAGCAAGAUGCGUGGGCUAUCCGUCAUUUCUUCAGCUAUAAUCCCCGACUGGAGUUCUGUGUGGCUCAGUCAUUCUCGAAGAACUUUGGGCUUUAUGGACAACGUGUCGGGGCUUUGCAUGUUGUGACUUCCACUGCCAGUGAGGAUGUUCCUCAGAACCUUCUGUCGAACCUUUGUCACCUUGUCCGGGGAGAAUAUUCUAUGGCGCCGAGGGGUGGCUCAGAGAUUGUGCGGACUGUUCUGGGGAAUGAAUCUCUCAGGGAAAAGUGGUAUGAGGAUCUCGUGACGAUGAGCGAAAGAAUUCGACAGAUGCGACAGGCUCUUUUUGAUGAGCUGAUUAGGCUGCAAACUCCUGGCGAUUGGACCCAUAUUCUGAAACAGAUUGGAAUGUUCACCUACGUUGGACUGUCGGAAGAGCAGGUCUCCAAAAUCAGAUCAAAGCAUCAUAUCUACAUGCUGAGAUCCGGCCGCAUCUCAAUCUCAGGCUUAAACGAAAGCAACGUGAAGUACGUUGCGAAGGGCAUAGACGAUGUCGUACGGUGA